GAACCAAGCAUGGCUGCGUCGGGCCGUAAUUGUCAUCGGCCAGCAAACAAGGAGGGAGAAAAAACAAGCGAACGAAGAGCUGCUACAUGAGCAACUCUCACACUCUACCAACCCUUUACGACCAGCAACUCCAGCGACUUCCUGCCAACCUCCUCAACUACCCUCGACCAGCCAUUUACCGGCCAAACCCGCGCGGCGCACUUGGAACGGCAGAUUUCCAGAACCACGAUCGUUUGCGAAUCGCCGCUACUGCCCGAGACCACGCGUCGGCCACUCCACAGCAGCGCAGCCCCCGCGCUGGACUUGUCGUGACGCCCACUUGUCCCCCUGCUAGUGGCACUCGUCUGGAGCAAAACGCGCAUUGUGCAAGGCGCUGCAGAGUCACUGGACGACAAGAUGGCGUCCAAGACAGUAUCCUCGCGGCUGCUGACGAUGAAGUUCAUGCAGAGGGGCAUAGCGGCCUCGUCUGCCAACUCGUCGCUGACAACGCCGCGCUCCGAAGACAAGCACGGCUCCAAGCGGCGCAAGGUCUCGCAAGAUACCACUGACUGCAGUUCCUCAGGGCCCAAAAUCGACGGGGCAGCCGUCCAGGCCGCCCUUGAUGAGGAGGAGAGGAAGCGUCGGGCAGCUAUUGCCAAACAGGCCGAAGACUUGGGCGACACCCGCUGGGUUCUCGACUUCCCCGCCCCGUCCCCUCGGUCGUCUGACAGGAUGCCACAGACGCCAUUAAACAUCGUGCAGAUUGGCUUCGCUCAGAUUGAUUCGGCUGACAGCGCCGCCACUGGAGGCCAGAUGCGGCGCUUCAAUAUGAAGAAAGCAAGCAAAGCUCAAGAGGAGGAUGCGGAGACGGGAUCUGAGAGCGAUGACUCUGGGUCGUCAGAUGAGGAGCCAAGGCACUCGAAACCAAAGAGUUCCGCAGGCAGCCCCGAAAGUCGUGGGAGACAGCUCUCCAACGACUCCUCCAAGAGGAAACGUACAAAAUCGGAGACCUCUGGCAGGAUGAGUACCGAGAGGGCCAAGGCACAGCAGCUCUCUGCCAAGCGACGUAAGAAGGAUGUGAAGCUGAACAUGCCAAAGUCGAUAUCGUCCGCGGGCUCGUUCAAAGCACCUUCUCGACCAGGCAGAGAACAUCGUUGAUACGAGCGUUCCCCUGCUGGUUGUUUGUGCUGGUGAAUUAUCAACCCAUCCACCUGGAUGUGAAGGCCGAAUGCAUUCUGCGUAGCCUCUCAACUUUUACCGUCCUUUAGGCAAGCUCCUUGGUCUUGUCGCCCAAGCGAUAAUCGACACAGCUCGGUCCUAGCGUUGCUGGACCGAAACAGAGGAAACUGUGGCCAUGGGAUAGGUGGUGCCAGUACAUUGCACAUACCAACAUCUCUCAUUUGGCAUGUUUCUCCUAGACAUCUACGUUGCUCUCUUUACCGUCCCUGCCCUGCGUCUGACAGGUCCAGGUCGAGUUCGUGGCAAUGAAACGCUGUUUUAGCUACUAUCUCCAUCACCUGAAUUUAAUCAUUCUCAUUUUCCUUUCAGGCUUUCGUAGCUCUUGCCAUUGAUAUAUAUAUAUAUAUCAGUCUUAACA